UUUCCUUUCCUCCCCUCUUCCCUCACCAAAUCCAGAGGCGGUUUUUCUUGUGGCGGAAGAGCCGCGUCGGUAGGGCAGCGUUUGUAAGCGGGCGCUACCUUCUGAAUCCCUGCAGCCCAAAACGGGGGCAAAGUUUGCAGUGAACGAGAGGUUAAGUCCCGCUUGGUUCUCCCUAACCGAGUCCUUAUUUAUUAUUUUUUAUUUUUUUGCAAAGAGGAAUUUUAUCCAGAGAGCGACCCACGUUUCUAGGCUUUGAACACCCAGGAGGGUGGCGGCGGCGGCGGCGGCGAUCGCUUGGGUGGGUGGGCGAGCAUGGAGCCACCCGGCUGCCCAACUUGCUUUUUCUCUCCCCCCCAUUGCUGUCCCCCAAGGCACCCGCGAGCGGAGACUUAAAUGGGAUUCGAAAACCUUCUGCCGGCCGAGCCAGGACUCCGGAGGCGAGAGCAAAGCGCGGGGUGAGCCGAAAAAGAGACUUUCCAACCGGGCUGCGGCGCUGAACCCCUCGGGGGGCGGGCGGCUGGAGCGGAAGAUGCACCCCCGAGCCAGCUUUCUGAGGCUUUGCCGCGAAAGAGCCAUGCACUGAGAACGGGAUGACGCUGGUAUUAGGGCCGGUUGCAAGACUCAAAGCCGCCGCGCUAAGGGGGGGGUUCCCUUCUCUCUGGACAGUUUUCUGUUUGACUUGCUUCCUUGGAUUCACUCAUGGAAAUCCUGAAGAUGUGGACGUCCUUCAGAGGUUGGGCCUGGUGGGACCAAGAACCUUGGGCUUGUCACACUCUGUUCCUCAGGGAGUUGUCCCCUUCAAGCUGGGAGUCAUCCUCACCCGGCAGGCACGUAUCGAGGUGCCCUUCAGCUCAAUUAUUCCUAUCCCUGUUGGCACAGACAUGACUAUUGUGUUAAGCCUGUGCUCCCACCGUGUCAGCAACGCUUUUUUAUUCACUGUAAAGAGUAAAAAGAAAAAAUUACAACUGGGUGUUCAGUUUCUUCCUGGUAAGGUUGUCGUCUACGUAGGUCACAAGCGCUCUGUAUAUUUUGAUUACAACGUCCAUGACGGACAAUGGCACAACCUUGCUAUUGAUAUCCGAAGCAGAACGGUCUCCUUGAUUACCUCUUGUGGGAAAGAAAGGGUUCAUGCGGAUCUGUAUUAUAAAAAAGAUAAGACGUUGGAUCUGGCAGGGUCUUUCCUCUUGGGGAAACUCAAUCAGCACUCAGUCCGGUUUGAAGGCGCCCUGUGCCAGUUUGAUAUUUAUCUUUCUACCAAGGCAGCUCAUAAUUACUGUAAGUAUCUGAAAAAACAAUGCAGACAAGUGGAUACCUUCCAGCCAAGCAUCCUGCCUUCUUCUCCAUUGCUGUCCAAAGAUCCAAGAGCUUCUGAAAUGACUCCAAAGCAGUUGGACCUUUCAACGAUGGGCUUGGUGAACCUGACCACUAUGGGUCGUCCUCCAUCAACACUCUUCAAGACCACCACUUCUCAGAGGGACUGGAGGUUGCAGGCAGUGUCCACCACUGUUAGAACUCCUAAGGCACUAUCUGCAACACCAGCCAUAAAAGUUAGGACCAUGGUGGCAUUGUCUCCCUCUCGGACAAUCACAGAAGCACUGCAACCCAUCAGCAUUCUCCAACAGGCUGCCAUAGUGGCACAUCCGACUUCCAGAACAGCUCACCGGAGUACCACUGCAGGUUUAGGUGGGUCUCACUCCACUUCCAGUGAGGAUAGACCUCUUUUAUCACCCCGCCCAAAUGUCCUUGCCUUCCCAAACUCAACUGUGAACUUUGGCAUGGUUCUUGAUAAGAAAGGGAUUAGGAAAGCAUCUAAGAAGCCAAUUAGCCAAGGACCAACCAUCAGGUCCUCUCAGAUACCAAGUACCACAAAACCAAUGAUGAAGAACAGAGGGAACUCAUCAAGUAGCCAUUCUCCAAUCACCACAAAGCACAAGUUGGAAAAGGUCACCAGUGGCCCUGCACUAAAGGAGGUAAUGAUCCGGCCAGCAGUGAAGAAAUCCAGUCCUACCAUUGCUGCUGUCUUGUAUACCAAACCAGUGCUUGGAGAUGCUUAUCCUGUUUAUCAAACAGAUGGACAGAACUCAAAUUUAAUCACUCUGGCUGCUACAGAUGGCUAUCAGGACUUUAACCCUAUGGGGCCCACCCUACUUCCAUUUGUUAUAGGUCUUCCUGGAUGGAAAGGAGAUCCAGGUCCUCCGGGUCCCCCUGGUUUGCCUGGGAUCCUGGGCCUUCCUGGCAAGCGAGGACCACGGGGACCUCCCGGACCCCACGGAAACCCUGGCCGCUCUGGACCACCUGGCUCAAAGGGUCAGAAAGGGGAUCCUGGAUUAUCGCCUGGAAAAGCACGGAAUGGUCAGAAGGGUGAUGUGGGUUUACCUGGGUUGACAGGACUUCCUGGAUCACCUGGUAGGAAGGGGCAGAAAGGAUAUCUGGGCCCAACAGGCCAUCCUGGAGACCCGGGUGAACGAGGAGCGCAGGGAAACCCAGGCGCCAAAGGUUAUCCUGGCAGGCAGGGAUUACCUGGACCUAUAGGGGAACCUGGGCCAAAAGGGAACCGGGGGUACAUUGGCCCACCAGGAUUGUUGGGAAUGCCAGGGGCUGAUGGGGAAAGAGGAAUCCCCGGAGUUCCUGGGAAGAAGGGCAAGAUGGGUAGGCCGGGUUUUCUGGGCGAAAUGGGGGAACGUGGACCACCAGGUAUUGAUGGCAACCCGGGAGCCCUGGGAGCCCUCGGUCCCCCUGGAGUCCCUGGCCUCCUUGGUGAUAUAGGUGUUCUUGGAGAAAUGGGCUUCCCAGGACCCAAAGGACUCAAGGGGUUGAUGGGAAAUCCAGGAGAACAUGGACUGAAAGGUGAUAAGGGUGAGGAAGGCGUGGCAGGCAUUCCUGGAGAAGUUGGUUUCCAAGGGGACAAGGGUAGCCAAGGAUUGCCUGGGAUACAAGGAUUACGAGGAAAGCCAGGCCCAAUGGGAAGGGUUGGUGACAAAGGUCCAGUCGGAAUUCCAGGGCCACCUGGCCCAGAGGGCUUCCCAGGCAGCAUCGGCCUUCCGGGAGAAAACGGCCCCGAAGGUAUUAAGGGAAAGCCUGGCGCGAGGGGUUUGCCUGGUCCCAGAGGAAUGCCUGGCCAAGAGGGCGAUGAAGGACCAGUGGGCCCCUAUGGUCCUCCAGGGGAAGAGGGUCCUCAGGGACAAAAGGGGUUUCCUGGCAAACCGGGCCCGGAGGGUUUAAAGGGUGAACCAGGAAAUCGAGGACGGCCAGGAAAAGUUGGCGAAGAGGGUCUGACAGGUUUUAUUGGUCCAAUUGGGGAGCCUGGAAGUGUCGGGGAGAAGGGGGACCGGGGCACAGUUGGAUCACCGGGACCAAUGGGCAUCAAGGGGUCGAUGGGCCAUCCUGGAAUAUCAGGAGAAGUUGGCACACCUGGGCCCCCUGGCCCACCAGGACCACUAGGAGUUCGUGGCCCUCCAGGAAUAAGAGGCCCAAAAGGUCGCCGGGGCGCUCGAGGUCUUGAUGGCACAGCGGGUGAAGCAGGACCCCAAGGUCCCAAGGGCCUUCCAGGAGAUCCAGGUAAACCAGGACUGGAUGGUCAAGAGGGAAAGAUCGGUGAAAUGGGAGAGACCGGUUCUAAUGGCUUCCUUGGCCUCCAAGGAUCUUCUGGACCACAAGGAGCAAAAGGACCCCCAGGAGAUUUGGGACCUCAAGGUCCACCAGGUCCACCCGGCCCUUUGGGAGAAAUUGGACAUAAGGGACCACCUGGUGCAGCAGGGCAGCGAGGACUUCCAGGGGAACCUGGCAUGAAGGGUGAUCUUGGUCCACUUGGGGUUCCUGGAGAACAAGGGUUGAUUGGUCAACGGGGAGAGCCUGGCCUUGAAGGAGACAGUGGUCCAGCAGGGCCAGAUGGGCUCAAGGGAGACAAAGGACAACCCGGCCUGGAAGGAGAACGUGGGGACAAGGGGCAAGAGGGGGUCCAAGGAAAAGAAGGGCACCCUGGCGAUCCUGGAGUCACAGGCAUCCGAGGCCCAGAAGGAAAACCAGGCCAUCAAGGAGAAAGGGGCAAAACUGGACUUAAGGGCAGCAAAGGUCACGAGGGACAACUUGGAGAGACUGGCCCACCAGGACCUUUGGGCUCAAAGGGGACUCAAGGCCCCAAAGGAUCAAGAGGUACCCUUGGACCUACGGGAGCUCCUGGCCGAAUGGGUGUCCAAGGAGAGAUGGGAUUAAAAGGAUAUCAGGGACACCCAGGAUCACCAGGCCCCAUUGGGUUCCCUGGGGCUAAGGGGGAAAAGGGAGAACAAGGCGAUGAUGGGAAGAUGGAGGGACCUCCUGGAGCCCCUGGAGAGAGAGGUCCCAUUGGCAACCAGGGAGAUCGUGGGGAGUCUGGAGACCCUGGUUAUCCUGGCCAGGAAGGACUUGAUGGAGAACGAGGAAAACCUGGUCAGCAAGGCUUGCCUGGACAUCCAGGACCGCCAGGCCGCCCUGGACCAAAAGGAUCCAAAGGCAAUCCAGGUCAGAAAGGAAAACAGGCGCUGCGGGGUGCCAGAGGAAGUCGAGGGUCACCGGGUUCUCUUGGCCUGCCAGGUCCCCGAGGAGUCAUCGGGCGAGAGGGACAAGAAGGCGCUCCUGGUGUUGAUGGGAUUCCUGGGAAAGAUGGCAGCAGUGGGCAAAAAGGUGAACAAGGUGAAGAUGGGGAAGAAGGCACCCCAGGAAUGCCAGGGAAAAGAGGGAAUCUCGGGGUCUCUGGCUUACCUGGAGCACAAGGCCCCACAGGAUUUAAGGGAGAAAGAGGUUUGCCUGGGCAGGCUGGCCCAUUGGGGAAAAGAGGUCCUCAAGGUGGAAUGGGACUCCCUGGAAGCUCCGGUGAUCCAGGGCCCAAAGGGCAGCCGGGAGACUUUGGUGAAUCAGGAUUUCCAGGGAUUGCUGGAGUCUUUGGCCCAAAGGGACCGCCUGGAGAUCUUGGCUUCAAAGGCAUCCAGGGCCCCAAAGGGCCCCAGGGACUCUGGGGCAAAGAAGGCGCUAUUGGCCCACUUGGGAUGCUAGGUCCACCAGGAAACCCCGGCCCUAAAGGAGAAAAAGGCAGCCGGGGUGAAACGGGUCUCCAAGGUCCAAGGGGUUUCCCAGGGCCCCGAGGACCUCCUGGCCUUCCGGGCCCACCAGGAAUUCAAGCUGCGUUUGGGCGAGAUGAUUUUGGAGCAGCAUUCCACUCCAUGACGAGCGCCAGUGCUGUCUUCAGGUCUGAGAGCUAUCAACAGAUGGAUCUUCCAGUGAUGGACCCAGGAGGGGAGAUCUUUAAGACUCUGCACUACCUCAGUGACCUCAUCCAGAGCAUCAAGAGACCCAUGGGAACAAAGGAGAACCCUACCCGCAUUUGUAGAGACCUCAUGAACUGUGAACAAAAGAUGCAGGAUGGCGUGUACUGGAUUGACCCAAAUCUUGGCUGUUCUUCAGAUAGCAUUCAGGUCACCUGCAACUUCACCCAAGGGGGUCAAACUUGCCUCAACCCUGUCACAGCAUCAAAGCUGGACUUCGAUGUCGGAAGAGUACAGAUGAAUUUCCUUCAUCUCCUGAGCUCUGAAGUUGUUCAGAACAUCACCGUCCAUUGCUUGAACAUGCCGAUAUGGCCAGAAGGACCAUCCGAAGGGGCCACUGUACGCUUCAAGGCCUGGAACGGGCAGUUCUUUGAACAAGGAGGGCAGCUCACACCGGAUGUUGUGGUGAACAAUUGUAAGAUUCAAGACGGCCAGUGGCAUCACACCCUGUUUACUUUCCGGACACAUGACGUCCAGCGGCUGCCAAUCAUCGGCAUCUAUAACCUUCCACCGAGCAAGCCAGGGAAGGAAUACCUCCUUGAGGUUGGACCAGUGUGUUUUCUCUAGCAGGCAGCUUCCUCGGUGCUCCAGACUUUGGCUUCCUUCGGAAUAGAGGCCGCAUCUUUGGCUGGGCUACUUGGCCACCUGAACCUCUUUCAGACCCAAUAUCCGGGGCUUCAGCACCAGGACCCCGUCAAACGGGGAGCAUCUGCAGAUCCAGCAGCCUCUCAUUCUUGGUGCAGAGAGAAAACGGCGUCCGUUUCAGAAGACCGAGGGGGCAAUGGGUGGGCCUGAAGCAACUGCAGAGGCGGCCAGCUGAACUGGACAGUUUCUACCCAAGGGUGUACUCAUUCCCCCUCUUCUUUGGCCAAAGAAAACGUUACUGUAUUGCUUGCAAAAAACCCAAAUCUUUCGUGCAGUUUUUGGGUGACCAAGCGUGGCAUUCCGUGAACCCAGGUCAUUUAAACAGGCAGAGGUUUUGCUGGACAAGACAAGGAAGGUGACUUGGAAAAACAACUUUGCCGUCUUAUUAUUAUUAAUAUGAUAUUAAUUAUUUUUUAUCUGCUCACUGUUCUGGAACAGAAAGGAUUUUGAUGUGCAAUAUUAGAGAGAGAGAGAGAGAGAGAGAAAUAUAGAUACAGAUAUAUAUAUAUAUAUAUUAUUUAAGGCACUAGAUAAAUAAAUAAAUAAAAGCAAGUGAGAUUCUUCUUCCUUUUGGAAAUGAAAACAUCCCUUUGGAUGUUGGGUGUUAAGGGAGAUAUCCCCCCCAAAGAGGAAAGGGGUGAGUGAAGUUUGGUGCUAAAUAGAUGAAAAGAGAGAAAAAGAGAGAGAGAGAGAGAGGGACAGGCCUUUUCAAUUUGAUUCUACCUCUCGCUAUGAAAAUACUUGGUGCUCUUUUAUUUUUUAAAGAAGUUGUAAUUAUAUAUAUGAGUAAAACUAUUUAAAAAUUCUCAGAGGUGCUCUAAUGUCUCUUAAGAGACCCCACUUCGCCCUGAACCCUCCGUUUUGGCGCAUUUCCUUUGCAGGAAGAGACGGCAGGGCACGAUCUGGGUAUUGGUACAGCAAUGCCAAGCCAAGGCUUAAUUUAAAAGCACAUUAAAUAUUCUCCAGAUUUUUCUUUGGGCCUCCUUUGGAAUCCUGGUUUCAUUACCAACUUAUGCCUGCGGGGGGUGGGGGGGAGGUAGGGUGUAAAAAUGAAGAGUAGUUUUUAGUGAACACACGUGUGUGUGUGUGUGUGUGUGUGUGUGCAAGUGUAUUUGGGCUUUGGGGUUUUCUCAAGCAAGACCAGAGCUUAUACCAAAAAGAGGAAAGAAGUGGGUAUCUCUGUGAGUGCAUGCGUUGGGCCAGCUUCCUCACCAGGACUCUCGGCCGCAAGGACACCAUGAUGGAAGAAAGAUGUUUUCAAAAGUAAGCCGAUCUGCUGUAGCUUUUCUGUAGAUAGGGGGACCGCGUUUCGGCAUGGACUCUGGGUCGGUCAACGGGGCCUUGGGAUUUUUGAACAGGAGGAAGAAAAACCAGACCAAGAUCAGAGGUAUAUUGGAGUCAUUGACAUCCACUUCGUCUUGGAUUUUGUUGUUGUUGUUGUUGUUGUUGUUGUUGCUGUUUCUCGUUUUGUGCGUUGUGUUCUGUAGAAAGCCAGACUCUGUAUAUGUAAAUUUGGAACUUAAAGAAACAGGAGGGUUGAUAAUAUGGUAACCGUUUUCUUCUAUAUAAAGAAUGUCGUAUUGAUGUAAGC